GAUGUAUGACAUGAUGUUGUUUGGCUUUAGACGUCUUCUCGGCACAAUGCACGUGUGUUUGAUGGUAAUGGUUGCCCUACUGGGCGUGGCCUAUGGCGUGGUGGUUCUGAAAGAAGCAUCAUAUCUGAGACUCCCUAACCGUAACGGCCAGUACGUCGUCAACAGCAGAACAGCCAGGGAGAGCGCCUAUGAUGACACCAGGAAUUACCUCUAUGUUGUUGGUCGUGACACGGCUAUGUUGCACGUCAUCUCCCUCGCCGACCCCGCCAACCCACAGGAAGUCUACACUUACAAUUUCGACACUGCCAGCGACGGCCGCCCCUUGACGUGGAGUUGUGUCGGGCGUCGGAGUCACACCCACACUUGCCAUCACCUUUGACGGUCAAGAUUCUGUGGCGUUUGAAGGACACGUCGUUCUUUACAACCUGUUUGAGAGCAGCACAGAUACACUCACUCCCCUCAACCCAGUAGAUCCCAGGAUUACCGUGGGAGCCCAUCCUGACAAUAUGAAGUUCACCUCAGACUGCCGUCGUCUCGUCGUAUCUAACGAAGGGGAGCCGCGGGUCGUCGGGGGCACUUUCUAUGACCCCGAAGGGACAGUUUCUGUGAUCACAUUCUCCACAACGCCUGGCGCGAUACCAGUAGUCACUACCAUCGACUUCAAGAAAUACGACCAACCCAGCGAACUCAUUCCGCUAUUGGAUCAAGGCGUCCGCUAUUGGCUUCGCCGUGACCCUAACGAUGCCACCAAGAUCAUCCAGUUCUCCCAGAACGUUGAGCCGGAGUAUGUGGCCAUCUCACCCAGCAAUGGGUUCGCAUACAUCACCUUGCAGGAAAACAAUGCUAUGGCAAGGAUCGAUCUGGAGAACGCUGUGAUCACCAGCAUAUACCCGAUGGGCAACAAGAGUUGGGAGUUCUUGUCCAUAGAUGCCAGUGACAGAGACAAUGACCGCAAACGUACACAACUGAGUAAACCAGAACUGUCCUACACAGUAUCACAGAGAAACUAG